CAGUUUUAACAAACGUCAAAUCCAAGGUCGUGUCAAGUGUCAACUUGUGCAUAAAAAUAAGUGAAUCACCUAUUAUUAUUCUCUAAAAAUUGGUAAAAAUGAACCGAUUAUUCGGCAGAGGUAAACCGAAAGAGCCAGGCCCUAGCAUAGCAGACUGCAUUGCAGGGGUUGAUCAACGAGCCGAAAGUGUUGAAAAGAAAAUACAAACCUUGGAAAAUGAUCUCCGAAAAUUCAGAGAUCAAAUGUCGAAAAUGAGGGAGGGGCCAGGCAAAAACGCAAUUAAAGCCAAAGCCUUGAGGAUCCUAAAACAAAAGAAGAUGUACGAACAACAACUUGACAAUCUAAGGGGCCAGAGUUUCAACAUGGAACAGGCGAAUUAUGCCCACCAGGCGUUGAAAGACACGCACACCACUGUUGUAGCAAUGAAAGAUGGCAUGAAGCAGAUGAAGAAGGAAUUCAAGAAGAUUAACAUUGAUGAUAUUGAUGAUGUUCAAGACGAGUUGGCUGAUUUGAUGGAACAAGCAGAUGAGGUGCAGGAAGCUCUUGGCAGGAGUUACAACACUCCAGAACUAGAUGAGGAUGAUCUUGCUGCUGAACUGGAAGCACUGGGCGAUGAAAUUGCCCUAGAUGAUGACACUAGCUACUUAGAUGAUGUCAUAAAAGCACCAGAGGCGCCCAAGGAUAAACCAGAAUCAGAAAAGGAUAAAAACAAGGAUGGAAUUCCAGUUGAUGAGUUCGGGUUGCCCCAAAUUCCAAGCCACACGAAUUAAACAUGCCUUCAUUCUAAAUGUAAAUAUGUUAAAUCAGCUACAGGUUCGUGUUUUUAUUAUUGCACAUAAUGGUAGUUGAAAUGUAUUUUUAUGUGAUUUAUUUCAAUUUAAGUGUAUAAUUUUUUGCUUUUAUAUUUUCUAAUUAAAAAGUUAACAAGUUACAAA